AUGGGUUCUAAAAAAAGAAAAGAAACUCACAAAAAGGAAAAAGAAGAAGCGAAAAAAGCAACGAAGGACUUCAAAAACACCGAAGGAGAGAAAGGAGGAAGAAGUGGCAAAAAUAACGUCAAACCUGUGGAGGCUGAACCACGUGUGCAUGCAGACCCUGAUACUGACCAGAGAUCAGAGUUUACCAUAAUUACAGCCUGUGGGACUUUAAUAUGGGUUGUUUACCUAUACACCCUUCAUCCUUCCCUGCCUGGAGGAGACUCAGGAGAACUUAUUGUAGCUGCUCAUGAAUUAGGGGUGCCCCACCCUCCGGGCUACCCACUAUUUACCAUGAUCAGCAAGCUGGCCAUCAGCCUGCUCCCAGUGGGGAAUGUAGCCUAUAGAGCACAUAUAUUAAAUGCUAGUGUAGCAGCUGCCGCAGCUGUGUUACUACAACUUACAGUGUUUAGGUUAACUCGUUCUCACCCGGCGGCCAUAUUGUCAGCAGGAUUGUUUGCCCUCAGCCCAUUGACUUGGAGUUGGGCUACAACAGCAGAGGUUUUUAGUCUCAACAAUUUCUUCAUAGCACUCCUGAUGCUGCUGUCAGUUCAGUUUGAACAAAGUCCAGUGCAACUCAAACCAAAGGUUGCAGUUGUGGGUGCCUUUGUCUGUGGACUAUCACUAUGCAAUCAACAUACAAUUGCUGUGUAUGUAAUGUUAAUAGUUUUCUGGGUUAUGUACAGCCUAGCAUCUUACAAGCUGCUGUCUUUGAUCCUGUGUGUCAAACUUGGUGUUGGUUUCCUCUUGGGUUUGCUGCCAUAUAUCUACCUACCGCUAUCAGCGUACUGGAACACAGCGCGGUAUACCUGGGGAGACCAGAGAACUUGGGGCGGCUUUGUUAGACAUCUUCUCAGGCAGGAAUAUGGGACAUUUGAUUUGGGUAAAGAUCAAGUUGGAAGUGAUAUGUACACAUUUUUAAGUUUCUAUUUAGAUCAUACAAUCACAUCUUUUCUAUAUAUUGGGCCAACUCUUGCCUUGGUUGGAAUUGUUGUUUCAUUUAAGAGGGCUUGGAAAAAUGAAGGAGGCUCUGUGUUAAUGUUCUUCCUAAUGUCACUCUGUUACACUUUGUUCUUUGCUUGGAGAGCAAACCUCAAUCUCGCUAACCCGUUAUUUAAAGGAGUGGUGGAGAGGUUCUGGCUGCAGACUGAUGUGGUGCUUGCAGUACUGGCUGGAGUUGGCUUUAAUACUAUUACCUCAUACCUAUCAUCAAAGUUGCCCCCCAUGAACACAGUCAGUACCUCUGGGGCCUUCAUAAUAAGCAUAGCUGUGGCUCUGACUCAACUACAAGUAAAUUUCCACCAGUGCAACCAAAGUGGAAAUCAUGUGGUCCAUGACUUUGCACUCAAUGUCCUGUCGUCAUUCCCUCAGAAUUCUGUCAUUUUCCUUAAGGGUGACUUGCCAAGUAUCAGCAUUAGAUAUUUCCACCUGUGUGAAAAUGUUAGACCAGACAUAAACAUAAUAGACCAAGAGAUCUUGAGCUAUGAGUGGUCACUAGCAAUGACCAGGAAGUUCCACACCAUUGCCUUUCCAGGCAGCUUCUGGUCACUAAAGAAUGAGCACCUGCCAGAUGGUGGCAUCUCCUUUAACUUUAAACAUUUGAUACAGGCUAAUUAUGAUAGGUUUCCAUUAUUUGUAUGUAUUGGAAUGCAGGACCGUGACCCUUCCUGGUCAUCCAGUUAUGACCUCUGGCCAUAUGGAGUUUGUUCCAAGAUUGUUAAAAAGGGGACAAAGUUUAUUCCUCACAAGUGGGGAUUGGAAACUCAGGAUAUCACCAGCAACUGGUCCUACCCUUAUGAUGGUUUUCCUGAGACUUCAUGGGAAGUAGUUGCAACUCAUGAAUCUUGGCAGGCAAAGAUCAGCAGUGCAUUCUAUAUGUAUGAUAAAGCCACUAAAACGAGCAACAAAGAUCUCAAGACCUCAUUAUUUGUAGAAUCUCACAGGUUGUACGAGAAAGCAAUUCAAGAUAAUGGAUCAAUUUUCCCAAGCUACUGGCACAAAAACUUUGCCUUAGUCUGUGAGAAAUUGCUCCGUCUGGACAAUCACGCCCUAGACAAGGCCAGCCUCCUGGAAGAGACAAUCACCCACUUCACCCUAUACUUAGAGAAAAAGCCAGACGAUCCGCAAGCGGAGAGCAUAAGGGCAGCAGUGAAAACUCUACAAAAAAGUACAUAAAUCACAUAACUUGUGUACAGAUAGGUAAACUUAGGUUACAAAUGCUUUGAUGUAUAAAUGUUAGUGUAAUAAAAAAAAACAUUUCACAAAACAAAUAGUUAUAGGAUGAAUGAUUUCACACUUUUUUGUGAUUAAUCAAGACAAGGUGGUCUUUGAAACGAAGGAAUUUAUGAAUGUCAUAAUAAUGAGAAUGGUGCCAAGCUAUUUUAUUACAUUUUUUACCCUUAUAGUUAGGAUUUGAUUUUUUCCAUUUGUGCCAAAAUAGCCCGAAAACAAUUGUUGUAAGCAUGAUGUAUGGCUUUUAUUUUACCCCCAAAGAAUGUACUUUUUAUAUUGAGACCUAAAUGUCAUGCCACCAUGAAAUGAUCAAACAGAAAAAAACAUCUCCACCUAUCAAUCACAUAUAUACAUAUGGACAUGUGCUGCAUGAGAUAUGGUUCAUAUAUUACAAUACAAAGAAAGUGAUCCCUAAUAAAUUAAAACCAAAGAGAUUUCCUUUCAGAAUGUAGCUGAAGAUUUCAUUGUGUGUUACGAUUUUUUAAAAUUAUAAUUUGCAUAGUGACAAGAUGCAUCUAGGUAUUGUGUGUGAAUUAGAUUUUCAUGAACUUUUAUAUUAAUAUACCAUUAUAUACGUAUAUAUAUAUAUAUAAAUGCAUGAUGAUGUUGUAAUGCUGUUGAAUUUAAUUAUUAUAGAGUUACAAAACACCUUGACAGAUUGCACUUUUUUGUACAAAAUUGUAUGUCUUUAAUUUUAGCCAACCUAUGAUACUGCAUAUUGGGCUAGGGCCUUUUACUAACUUUAAUAUAACUAAAAUAUAUUCAUCAUUUUAUAUUGAUUUGCCCAAGGGCACUUUUGUGCUGAAGAGAUUUGUCUGUGAAUGCAGUGUUCCCAGGUUUAGGAGAAGUGAUUAGGUAUAAGUUAUUUUGCCAAUAUAAAUCAGAAAUAUCUCAAGGGUUCAUUUGACUGAAGCAGAAUUUCUUAAGUGUUUCCAUUAUUCUUGAAAAGAAUUAAAGGGCUUUAAAGUAUUUUAAAGUGUAGUUUUUUAUGGCACGUAGACCAAUAAAUAUAUUUAUACUGCAAUGGCUUUUUUCCUACAACCAUGAAUUGAAACAGUCAAAGAGUGCCUUCAGAUCAGAUGAUCCGUGGAAUAACUGAUCAUCUGACUAAAUAUGUCCAACCCCACAAAAAAGCAAGCUGCCCUAAUCCCCUAUUUGUCUCCCCACACACUCC